AUGGAGGACACAGUCGUGCUGCCCUCAGUGUUCGUGGUGGAUGGACAGACAGAUAUCCCAUUCAGGAGGCUGGAACAAAGCCACAGGAGACGGCGCUGCAGUGUGGCCCGCAUGGGCCUGGCUCUGCUGCUACUGCUCAUGGGUGCGGGCUUGGCCACCCAGGGCUGGGCGCUGCUGCGGCUGCACCAGCGCCUGGGGGACAUGGAUGCGCGCCUGCCGGAUGGUGACACAGGCUUCUGGGAAAAGCUGAUGCAAGAGCGGAGCUCCCACCAGGCCAACCCCGCCGCACAUCUUACAGGGGCCAAUGCCAGCUUGAUAAGCAGAGGGGGCCCAUUGCUAUGGGAGACGCAGCUGGGACUGGCCUUCCUGAGGGGCCUCAGGUACCACGACGGGGCCCUGGUGAUCACCGAGGCUGGCUACUACUACGUGUACUCCAAGGUGCAGUUGAGUGGCAUGGGCUGCCCCCAGGGGCUGGCCAGUGGCCUUCCUGUCACGCACGGGCUAUAUAAGCGCACAUCCCGCUACCCCAAGGAGCUGGAAUUGCUGGUCAGCAGGCGGUCGCCCUGCAGCCGGGCUCACAGCUCCCGCCUCUGGUGGGAUAGCAGCUUCUUGGGAGGCGUGCUUCACCUGGAGGCCGGGGAGGAGGUGGUCGUGCGCGUACCUGGGGAGCGCCUGGUCCGACUCCGAGAUGGCAGCCGGUCCUACUUCGGAGCGUUCAUGGUUUGA